ACACAGAGUUUGAUCUCCUUCCUUCCAUGUCCACUCACCAACAAGAUAUGUCUCUCGUCACGUCCACUCCUCCGAUCAACAACGGCAAUCAAAUCUUCCCAGAGAUCGAGAUGUCCGGCGACUCCUCCUCCAUCGUACGAGCAACCGUCGUCCAGGCAUGCACCAUCUUCUACGAUACUCCCGCCACGCUAGAUAAGGCGGAGAGGCUACUUGCCGAGGCGGCGGAUAAUGGGUCACAGCUCGUUGUGUUCCCGGAGGCGUUCAUCGGCGGAUAUCCUCGCGGCUCCAGCUUCGAGUUGGCCAUUGGUGCUCGAACGGCUAAAGGAAGAGACGACUUUCGCAAGUAUCUUGCUUCUGCUAUUGAUGUUCCCGGCCCUGAAGUGGAACGUAUGGCGGAGAUGGCUAGGAAGUACAAAGUGUUCUUGGUUAUGGGUGUGAUUGAGAGGGAAGGUUAUACGUUAUACUGCUCUGUCCUUUUCUUUGACUCACAUGGUCAGUUCUUGGGUAAGCACCGGAAACUCAUGCCUACGGCUCUUGAACGUUGCAUUUGGGGGUUCGGAGAUGGAUCAACCAUCCCUGUUUUCGAUACUCCGAUUGGGAAAAUCGGUGCUGCUAUUUGUUGGGAGAAUAGGAUGCCAUCUUUAAGAACCGCUAUGUAUGCCAAAGGCAUUGAGAUAUAUUGUGCACCUACUGCUGAUGCUAGAGAAACUUGGCUAGCGUCAAUGACUCACAUCGCUCUUGAAGGAGGCUGUUUUGUUUUGUCAGCUAACCAAUUCUGUCGCCGUAAAGACUAUCCUCCACCACCGGAAUACACGUUUUCCGGUUCAGAAGAGAGCCUCACACCGGACUCUGUUGUCUGUGCUGGUGGAAGCUCUAUCAUUUCGCCUUUGGGGAUUGUUCUAGCUGGACCAAACUAUGAAGGAGAGGGUCUUAUCUCAGCUGAUCUAGAUCUUGGGGACAUAGCACGAGCUAAGUUUGACUUUGAUGUGGUCGGUCAUUACUCGAGGCCUGAAGUUUUUAGCUUGAACAUAAAGGAGCACCCGAGGAAAGCGGUUAGCUUCACGUCCAAGGUAACCAAAGAUGAGACCGUCAAAAACUGAGAGACCAACGCUCAACGUGACAACGUCAAAGACUUAUGGGACUUUCUUUAUGUAUAUUUUAAUAACCCUCGUCAAGAAUUGUAAUUGAAAUCAUUAUCAGAUCCAAAGUGUUAUGCAUUGAAGAAUAUAUAAUAACAAUUUUUCUUUUC